AUGUCGUCUACAGCAACACCCACCAUGGACGAAAAGAAGGCUCCUGCCGAGGAUAAUGCAUCGACAACAACGCAAGAGGAAGGCGAGAAGCCGGUGGGACUUAACGAUCUAUGGCGCGUCUUUCAAUUUGCCGACCGUCUCGAUUGGACCCUGAACAUCAUCUCGCUCAUAUGCUCUAUCGGAAGCGGAGCAUCGCUCCCAUUAAUGACCAUCGUAUUUGGACAGUUCACCGGAAAGUUCAGCAGCUUCGGAAGCGGCUCGAUAGAUCCUGAUGAGUUUCAGAAAGAGGUAAACUCGUUCGUGCUAUGGUUUAUCUAUCUGUUUGUCGGCAAGUUCGUCCUGAGUUAUAUCGCCACGACUACUAUCACCAUCUCCGGCAUCCGAACAACGCGAGUCCUUCGACAACAAUUCCUCGAGCGCCUUCUUCGAACAGAGAUUUGGUACUUCGACACAGCCAAGAUUGGAUCCCCUGCGACUCAGAUCACCACGAACGUGACCAAAAUCAACCAAGCCAUCGCGGAGAAGCUAUCCCUUCUUAUCCAAGGACUCGCCAUGUUUGUCUCAGCCUUUGUCGUGGCCAUCGCCGUACAGUGGAAGCUGGCCCUCAUCACCCUAACUGUCGUACCACUCUUCUUCCUUAUCAUUGGAGUUGGCAUGGCGAUCGAUGCACCCAUUGAAGCAAGGAUCACAGGCGUCUACUCUCAAGCCAAUGUCUUUGCUCAAGAGGUCAUGGCUUCUAUCCGAACGGUUCAUGCAUUUUGGGCACAAGGAGGAAUGACGAAGCAAUAUGACGGGUACCUCAAUGAAGCUCAUAAACAGGGAAAGAAGAAAUCACUCGUUUUCGGCAUCAUGAGCGCUUCUACAUACUUCUGCAUGUAUGGGGGCAAUGCGCUCGCGUUCUGGAUGGGGUUCCGCAUGUAUAAGGCAGGCGAAAUUGACUCUGUCGGCACUGUUCUCACUGUCGUUCUGUCAGUCCUACUGGCAUCGUCGUCUAUUGGUCUCCUCUACCCUCAAGUACCUGCCCUUACCAAUGGCGCAGCAGCUGCCUCUGAGAUGUUCAAGAUCUUCGACAAGCCCUCAUUGAUGGAUCCCCUAUCAAGUGAGGGUAAGAUCCCAGAGAGCUGCCACGGCCACCUCGAAGUUGAGAACGUCUCUUUCUCAUACCCCUCUCGACCUGACGCCAAAGUGUUGAACAGCAUGACUUUGAACAUCCCUGCAGGCAAGACUACUGCAUUCGUUGGUGCCAGUGGUUCUGGAAAGAGUACCAUCAUUGGAUUGCUGGAGAGGUGGUAUGUGCCAGCUUCUGGAAGAUUUCUUCUCGAUGGUGUGGAUGUGUCUAUGAUCAAUGUUAAAUGGUUGCGAUCCCAAAUGGCUCUUGUUCAACAGGAACCUGUACUAUUCAGAGGUACCGUCUUUGAGAAUGUUGCAAGGGGCUUCACAGAAGCUCAGAAGGCUCUGAGCAAUGAAGAGCAGAGAAGGUUGGUCCAGGAAGCAUGCGAAGCUAGCUUCUCACACGAAUUCAUCUCAAAGCUAGAACAGGGUUACGACACUUAUCUCGGUGAACGAGGUGGCACACUAAGCGGUGGCCAGAAGCAGAGAGUGGCAAUCGCUCGUAGUGUUGUUUCUAACCCCAAAAUCCUGCUUCUGGACGAAGCUACCAGCGCCCUGGAUCCCACAGCAGAGCGAAUCGUUCAAAAAGCCCUCUCGCGCGUGUCUCAAGAACGAACUACUGUGGUCAUCGCGCAUCGACUCUCCACAAUCAAAGACGCCGACAACAUCGUCGUUAUCUCUGCAGGUCAAGUCGUCGAACAGGGUACUCAUGACGAGCUGCUAGAGCUGAAUGCUCAUUAUGCCAGACUUAUUCGCGCCCAGAAUCUUGCUGUCACUGAACAGGAUUCUCACAACGAUACGAGCGCUAAGCAAGGUUCUGCUACAACUGAUGAUGAUGAUACAGUGGAACGUGUCAUGACGGCACAGACCGAGAAGUCCUUGGUUCUCAAGGAGGUAGAGCCAAAGAUCAAAGAAAGAUCUGUCCUUGCGAACAUCUUCUUCAUCAUCAAAGAACAAAAAGCUCUUAUUCCUCACAUCAUCACCGCCUCACUCGCCUGUUGUAUCGCCGCAGCAACAUGGCCCGGCCAGGCCCUCCUCUACUCUCGAAUUAUCACUGUCUUCUCUUCCAGCGAGCCGUCUUCCUCAGACGCCAACUUCUACGCCCUCAUGUUCUUCGUCAUCGCUAUUGGAAACCUGUUCGCCUACUUUACUAUUGGAUACAUCGCCAACCACGUCUCACAGUCCAUUUCUCACCAAUACCGCCUUGAGCUGUUUCAGCGUCUGGUUGGUAUGGAUAUCGACUUCUUUGACCGACCUGAGAACUCAUCUGGCGCGCUGGCAUCUACACUUUCCUCGGUACCUAGUAGUCUUCAGGAGCUCCUAGGUAUUAACAUCUUUGUUAUCCUUGUCAUGGUUGUCAACAUCACAGCAAGUUCUAUCCUGGCUAUCGCAUAUGGCUGGAAGCUCGCUCUUGUCAUGGUUUUCGCCGGAUUGCCUCUUCUCAUGGGCUCUGGGUACUUGAAGGUCCGUCUUGAAUCUAAGCUCCACGAAAGCAACGAGGUUCGAUUCCGAGAGAGUGCUAGUCUGGCUAGUGAAGCCGUGUCUGUUCUCCGUACUGUUGCUUCUUUGAAUGCCGAGUCUGGCUUUAUCGACGCCUACAAAGAGACCCUCUCCAGCAUCGUCCUCCAAUCGGUUCGAUCAAUCUUGGUCUCCAUGAUUGCCUACGCUUUCUCACAGUCUAUUGAGUUUCUCGUGAUGGCUCUCGGCUUUUGGUAUGGCUCAAAGCUCAUGUCCACAGGGGAGUACACAGCAGAGCAGUUUUUCCUCAUCUUCAUGGGCAUUCUUUUUGCAGGUCAGGCCGGUGCACAGUUAUUUGCCAACCUGGGCAGUCUUACCCGAGCCAAGGGUGCUGCUAACUAUCUCUUCAAUCUCCGUCAAGAAGAAGCAACCAUUCGAGAGGAUGACGACAACAAAGAUCAAGCUCCUGAUUUCGAUCAUCCGAUUGCUGUUGAGGAUGUCCACUUCAAGUACAAGAGCCGAAGCACAAAGGUUCUACAUGGACUAUCCAUGAACAUUAAACGUUCUCAGUUUGUCGCCUUCGUUGGUCCAAGUGGUUGUGGCAAGUCGACGUUGAUUUCACUGCUCGAGCGAUACUAUGAUCCAACCUCUGGAAGGAUCUGCGUAGGCGAGAAAAAUAUCAAACGCGUUUCACCUCGCCUUCUACGUAACCAAAUGUCUAUGGUUCAGCAGGAACCCAUCCUCUACGAAGGAACUGUCCGAGAGAACAUUCUGAUGGGCUUGGGAGAUGACGCCAACGACGCGUCCGAUGAGCGCCUAAACGAAGCCGCUCGCCAAGCCAACGUUCUCGACUUUGUUUCAUCACUCCCAGAGGGCUUCAACACACCCUGCGGUUCACGAGGUGGUGCUUUCUCUGGUGGCCAACGACAGCGCAUUGCCAUUGCUCGCGCUCUCAUCCGUAAGCCCAAGCUUCUCCUUCUUGACGAGGCGACUUCUGCACUGGACACGCAGUCUGAGAAGCUUGUCCAAGAAGCUAUUGACCAAACGCGAAAGGAAAGCGGAUGCAGCGUGAUUGCAGUCGCGCAUCGCCUGUCCACCAUUCGUCAAGCGGACGUUAUUUUCGUCAUGGUUGGUGGAAGAGUUGCUGAGAUGGGUACCCACGAGGAUCUUCAGGCGAUGGGAGGAGUGUAUGCGGAUAUGUGCCUGGCUCAGUCUCUGGAUAGAGAGGCUUGA